UGUGUUUUAUAUUGGAAUUAAGGUACCAUGAAAUUAAUUUUGGGUCAAUUGGAUUAUUUGCUCUACUGUAUUAUGUUCCCAAUUGAAAUAUCUCGGCCCACUUCGUUGGUUGGUAGUUUUCCUACUGUUACAAUACAAACUGAUUUAUUUCUCUGCUUUUCAUUUCAUAAUAUUCACUUGUUUGUUGAAUUUGAUGGUCUUAUCCAUAAAUGCUGACUUUUUUUUGGUUGUUGGUUUAGAUAUUUCCCUUAUCUCUUUAACAAGAUUUUCAUACAAGACAUGGUCAAUAAUACAUGUAUGUAGAUCUCUUAGUUUUCUAGUUUCUCAUAUCGCCAGUAGAUAGCAAAACCUUGAUUAUUGCUAGAAAAAAUGAGACCUGCAGAGGCCAAAUUCUAGUAUAGCUCACACUUUUGUGAUUUGUAAUAUUGAAUAUGGAUAUUAAGAUGGAUUGUGAUAACCUUGUGCACAAUAUAUAGUAACAAAGGCGAGAGGUAUCACUUUCAAGAAUUUAGGCAUCGUGGACAACCAAGUGGUUGGAAAGAAGUGUUUAAUUGCUUAUAUGUACUGCUUGUCUGCUGUUGUUCUUUGUUUAAAUCUGGUUUCGUUUUUUAUGUCUACUACCAGCUGAUAGUGCUGCUGCUGGAUUAUUUGCUUACUGGAAACAAUGUGAUGCUUUGAAAUUUCAUUUAUGUGUUGUUCUUCAUGGUCUGAUAUGUUUACUAUGCACAUUGAUGUUGUUUCUGUUUGAGCAACCAUAGAUUUCUUUAUUAUGCGUGUGUUUAUUAUAAUUGUAAUGAGUGUCAUGUUAGCAUGUCGUGUAGGAUUACUUUUAUUUCUACUUGUGCAGUCAAAAUCAGAAUUUUGAGUUUCUUUUUGUGUGUUUGCAUGCUGCGAAAGAAAGUUGGGUUACUUUGAAUGUAGAAAUAGAUUAUGUUCUGUUUUUUUUUCCCCUUUUUUUUAGCUUCCAAACAGCAUGAUGACAAUGAAGUGUUGCUUGAUAAUUCAAAUAUUAUAUCAUGGCUGAAACUGAGUUUUCUGAACAGUUGAAAAUUAAUGGGUUUCAAUUAGUUUUCAUUACGCAUUAAUGGGAACAUUCUCAUUCAAAUACAUGCAUGGUUAAUGUUUGUUGCUAACCACACAACUUUUAUAAAUGCUGAACAUUGAGUGUUUUAUUAUUGUUUUAGUCCACGGUUUAUGUAUGUGCCACAAUGUAAUUGAUAUCAUUGAUUGAUUUCAAACUUUUGUUAAAUGUUUUAAAAGAUAUCAUGGAAGGUCUUGAAUCUUUUGAUAAGGCUGCUUGGACAAAGGAAAUGUUGCAUAUAUUUUGUGAUAUAUGCAUUAAGGCAAUUGAUAUGGGAAUGAGACCUAAUACUCAUUUCGAUAAAACGGGGUGAAAACUUCUCAUAACAUCAUUCAAAGAACAAACUGGUCAUGCAUUCACCAAAACACAAUUGAAAAACAAAUGGGAUAGAUGCAAAAAGGAUUGGAGGAUAUGGAAUAAGCUGGUUUCUGAAACUGGUGUUGGCUGGAAUAGUGAAUUAGGCACAAUUUCAGCUAGCGAUGAGUGGUGGAAACAAAAAAUUCAGGAAAUUAGAGGAGCCAAAAAAUUCAGACAUGUCGGUAUUGAGCAGUCUUUGAAGAAUAAAUUUGACCGAAUGUAUUCCAACAUUGUCGCAACUGGAGCGUUUGCAUGGGCUCCUUCAUCAGAUGUACCUGCUGACAGUGAUGUUGAUCCUGGUACAAGCAAUGCCGACAUUGCUCAUGAUGGUUUGGAAGAGGGCAGCGGUGAUUCGGAGGAAGAUGUGAUUCAAGAUUUCCAGACUGACAUGGCUCGAAUGGUUGGAGGGAUAAAUAUGUCUAGCAGCAGCAACACAAAAAGAGGUGACAAAAGAAAAGAACGAGAUCAUUAUGAUGUGCGAGGUAGAAAGAAGAAAACAUCUGGAAUUCAGCUGCUGUCAAGGUGCAAUCAACUACUUGAGAGUAUAUCGACUAAGAGUGAUUCCACGUUUGUUAAUUUGGAUCGCGAAGGCUAUAGUAUUCGCGAGGUGAUGGCUGAGCUGCACUCAAUUCCUGGAGUUUCAAUUGAAGAUGAGUUCCACGACUUUGCUAUAGAGUAUUUGAGUUUAAGAAGGAAAAAAGAAAUGUGGGCUAGUAUGGGUGAUAAGGAGCAGAAGUUGAGAUGGCUACAACGAAUGUAUGCACGCACUAAACGUGCUUAGC